CUCUGUGCCUGACCUGGGCUGUGCUCUGCACACAGGUUUGCAGUGCAGACUGUUAAAGCCCUGCUGCGCCAGCUGCUGGAUGAGGACGUGUUGAUGGCGAUCGGUCGCAAGUGUGGCUGGGACAUGCUCCUCAAGGCUGACAGCCACCACUAUGCAGUGGGUCUGCUGGCCAGGGAGCUGUGCCGUGUAUCCCGCUCCUUCGGUCACCGCAUCGCCGUCAGCCUGCUCCCGCGGCUCAGCAGGGGAGAGCCCCUGUGGGAACUGCCUGCCCUGGCGUUCCUGGUGGAGGUCCUGCACUGCCUGAACCCCAGACAAUGUGGGCCCAGCGUCCUGCAGAUUAUUUCCAGGCACCUGCGCAGUCAGUGCCCGGAGAGGCGUCGCCUGGCGCUCCAAGGCCUGGUGGUGCUCAGCAGGGAUCCCGCAAUGGUGAGCAGGGGGCAGGGGCUGAAGCUGGGCCGGCAGCAUGUGGCUGUGCAAGGCACUGCCCGACUCCUUUGGGACGCACCUUUGGCCUCUGGGCCCCGCGGCAGCAGCGUGGGGCUGCACCACAGCAUUGUGUUCCACACAGGCUAA